CAUUUCCUCGCUUCGCGGAGCCAGUUAACGUCACUGACAUUGGCACACACAGGCAGAGCGACGUGCGGCAAGAGCACCAAGGAAGAAAUAAGAGAAAUACCUCAAAUCCAUAAAUGUGAUCAACGUAAUCCAGUUUAGUUUCAAACAACUUGAAUUUCAUAAGGAAUUGUGCAACUUGACUAACUAUUCGUAGUUCGGAAUUUAUAUUAACUUUGAAACCAAGGUGUGCAUGUGAAAGAUGCUGGCCCACUCCUCCCUCCUGCUGUUGCUGUGCCUGGCUCGCCUGCCCUCCCCCACCUCCGCCCUGCCCUUCGAGCAGAGGGGGUUCUGGGACUUUGCCAUGGACAGCAUGGACGGCGGCGGGAUGAUGACGAUGAUGAGGGAUGAGGAGGAAGGUUCGGCCAUGGAGGAGCUGCCCCCGCCUGAACUCCCAGUCUGCCCCUUCGGCUGCCAGUGUCAGCUCAAAGUGGUCCAAUGCUCCGACCUGGGUCUCACAGAGGUGCCUAAGAACAUCCCCUCUGACACCAAACUCCUGGACCUGCAGAACAACCGCAUCACUGAGCUGAAAGAGAAUGACUUCAAAGGCCUGGCCAACCUCUAUGCCUUGUCCCUGGUCAACAACAAGAUCUCCAAGGUCCACCCCAAAGCCUUCUCCCCCCUCAAGCACAUACAGAAGCUCUACUUCUCCCGGAACUUGCUGACAGGGGUACCCAAGAACCUGCCCCCCUCCCUGGUGGAGCUCCGCAUCCAUGAUAACCGCAUCAAGAAGGUGGCAGAGGGGGCCUUCUCAGGCUUGGGCAGCAUGAACUGCAUAGAGAUGGGUGGAAACCCCAUCCAGAACAGUGGAUUUGAACCUGGCGCCUUCAAGGGACUGAAACUCAACUAUCUUCGUAUCUCAGAUGCCAAGCUUACUGGGGUUCCUAAAGACCUUCCAGACAGUCUCCAUGAGCUUCAUCUGGACCACAACCAGAUCCAGGCUAUCGAGCUGGAGGACCUGAGCCGCUACAAACACGUGUACAGGUUGGGCCUGGGCUUCAACCACAUCCGUAUGAUAGAGAACGGCAGCCUGGCGUACAUUCCCCGUCUGAGAGAGCUGCACCUGGAGAACAACCGACUCACUCGUGUGCCCAAGGGUCUGCCUGACAUGAAGUACCUACAGGUGGUGUAUCUCCAUUCUAACAACAUCAGUCAGGUGGAGGUGGACGACUUCUGUCCCCGAGGCUUUGGGAUGAAGAGAACGUUCUACAACGGCAUCAGCCUCUUUGCCAACCCUGUGCAAUACUGGGAGGUCCAGCCCGCAGCCUUCCGCUGCGUCAGCGACCGCUUGGCCAUCCAGUUUGGCAACUACAAGAAGUAAAGAGAGCCAGAGAGCCAGGGAGACAGAGGAGAGGAAGGGAUGAGGAAAAAGGGAAGAAGGGGAGAGGAGAGAAGAGAGAGGAGAAAGGGAGUGGUUGACAUGAUUGAUGUUGUGAGGGGAGGAGAGAGAGAGACGGGGGGCAGGAGGUAUUGGUUAAGGAAGAAAAUGAUUCAUAAAAUUGACAUGUAUUUGAUUCUUUUUAUAUUUUCGGGAGAAAGAGAGGGGGAGAAAACAAGCAAAAUUGAGCAUGCAGUGAAAAUGUUAACCUUAACAAAGGAACCUUGAGUGUGAAAGAUUUCUGUUGUUUUGAGUCCGACACCGCUGAUUGGACCAUAAAAUAUAAAAGAGUAUUUGUUGUCAGGGACAAAACACAGAUCUAUGUUUUUUUGUGGUUUGGAUUUUCCGGAGAAUGGUGCUUUUCCCUUUUGUGAGAUUAUAAAGAACAGACAUAAAGUAUGCAGGUAUUGAACAUUUGUGAAACAUUUCAUUCCACUUUUAUACAAUAGGUUUUAAUGUUUUAGUAGUUAUUAUUGUAAAUCAUCAUUUUAGUGAAGAUUAUAUACAUGCAAGCAAUAGAUACGUUAUAUACAGUUUUUAUCUAAACACACUUCUUGUGUUGAUUUUCGUAGUUGCAUUCCAUCCUUUACCUUUGUAAAUGCUGAAGCUACAGUGAAUGACAUUUCCAGGCUUCUAAUCAUGGUCAGUUUCAAAGAAUUUUGUUAAAUCUGCAAUUGUAUAAUUGGUCUCCCACAUGAGGAACUAGGUGGUAUUGACCCAGAUCUUUAACAUCCAAAGUCUGUCAGUUUUCCAGUAAUUACUUGGUCUUUGGCACAGGAAACUGUAUCAUCCACCUUCCUGUGUGGACGUUGAUUUGUGUCAUCAAGCCCAGCACAUGGUAUUAUACUGCACCUUUAUAAAGGAAUCAACUUGACCUGCAGGACUUGACCAGUAACCACAUGGACACAGAGUGAGCAGUUCCUUCCUGUGCUUUGGGGCCAACAGGACUCUGACUCUCUUGGUUAAACACAUAUCAUCGCUCCUGUCAACAA